CGCCUCCCGCCGGGCACGGGCAGGGCCGGGUCAGCGCGGCGCGGCGGCCUCGGUUGAGCUCGGCGAGCGGCACGGCGCGGCCCCAUGGCUCUGGAUUUAUAACCGCGGCGCGGAUGGAGGGGCCGAGCCCCCGCGCCUCUCGCUGCCCCGCCGGGCGCUGAGGCGGCCCCGCGACGGGAGGAGGAGCGCGGCGGCCAUGGGGGGCGGCGGUCGGCGGAAGGCGUAGUUGUUGCACGACGAGGAAAGCAUGCUCACGAUGAAGAGGAGCUCUUGGUUCUCCUAAUCCUCCGUUGGUGAUUUGGAAGCAGCCACCGCCACGUCUGCUCUUCCGACAUGUCUGGAUCUACUCAGCCCGUGACGCAGAGCUGGCGUGCCGCUGAGCCGCGCUACCCCCCGCACGCCAUGUCCUACCCGGUGCAGAUCGCCCGGCCGCACGCGGACGUCGCGCUGCUGGAGUACCAGCACCAUUCCAGGGACUACGCUUCGCACCUCCCGCCCGGGUCUAUCAUGCAGCCGCAGCGGAGGAGGCCGUCCCUGCUGUCCGAGUUCCAGCCGGGCAAUGAAAGAUCUCAGGAGCUGCACCUGAGGACCGAGGCGCAUUCCUAUCUCUCUGACCUGACCAAGCCAUCAGAUUUGGAGUUCAUCGAAACGAAGCGGCCACGCCUGGACCUGCUGCAGGACCCGCUGCUGCGGCACUCGCCCCUCCUGAGCCAGGGCCAGCAGGCGGGCAGCGAGGAGCUGCCCAAGGACCGCGGCCUGCCUGGCAAGCUGGAGCCCGUAUCUCCCGUCAGCCCCGCGCACCCCGAGGCCGAGCUGGACCUGCUGCCGGCCCGGCUGUCCAAGGAGGAGCUCAUCCAGAACAUGGACCGCGUGGACCGCGAGAUCACCAUGGUGGAGCAGCAGAUCUCCAAGCUGAAGAAGAAGCAGCAACAGUUGGAGGAAGAAGCAGCCAAACCACCAGAGCCUGAAAAACCCAUCUCCCCCCCUCCUAUCGAAUCCAAACAUCGCAGCUUGGUGCAGAUCAUCUACGACGAGAACAGGAAGAAGGCAGAAGCUGCCCACCGCAUCCUGGAAGGGCUGGGUCCGCAGGUGGAGCUGCCGUUAUACAACCAGCCUUCAGACACCAGGCAAUACCAUGAAAACAUUAAAAUAAACCAGGCAAUGCGGAAGAAGUUAAUUUUGUACUUCAAGAGGAGAAAUCAUGCUCGCAAGCAGUGGGAACAGAAGUUCUGCCAGCGCUAUGACCAGCUGAUGGAGGCCUGGGAGAAGAAAGUGGAGCGCAUCGAAAAUAACCCCCGGCGCCGUGCCAAGGAGAGCAAAGUGCGGGAGUACUAUGAGAAGCAAUUCCCUGAGAUCCGGAAGCAGAGGGAACUGCAAGAGCGCAUGCAGAGGUUAGAGGAGAAGCGCAGGGUAGGACAGAGGGGCAGCGGAGGGCUCUCCAUGUCGGCUGCACGCAGUGAGCACGAGGUGUCAGAGAUCAUCGACGGGCUCUCAGAGCAAGAGAACAUAGAGAAGCAGAUGCGCCAGCUCGCCGUCAUCCCGCCCAUGCUCUACGAUGCUGACCAGCAGCGCAUUAAAUUCAUCAACAUGAACGGCCUCAUGGACGACCCCAUGAAGGUCUACAAGGACCGGCAGGUGAUGAACAUGUGGAGCGAGCAGGAGAAGGAGACCUUCCGGGAAAAGUUCAUGCAGCACCCGAAGAACUUCGGCCUGAUCGCGUCCUUUCUGGACAGGAAGACGGUGGCAGACUGCGUCCUGUACUACUACCUGACCAAGAAGAAUGAGAACUACAAGAACCUCGUGAGGAGGAAUUACCGGCGGCGUGGGAAAAGCCAGCAGCAGCAGCAAAUGCCCCGGAGCAGCCAAGAAGAGAAAGAUGAAAAAGAGAAAGAAAAGGAGAAGGAGGGAGACAAGGAGGAAGACAAACAGGAAACAGAAAAUGACAAAGAAGAACUGACAAAGGACAAGAACGACGACACGUCCGGGGAAGACAACGAUGAGAAGGAAACCGUCACCUCCAAAGGCCGCAAAACCGCCAACAGCCAGGGCCGGCGCAAGGGCCGCAUCACCCGCUCCAUGGCCAACGAAGCCAACAGCGAGGAGGCGGCCACGCCGCAGCAGAGCGCCGAGCUGGCCUCUCUGGAGAUGAAUGAAAGCUCUCGCUGGACUGAAGAGGAGAUGGAAACGGCAAAGAAGGGUCUCCUCGAGCAUGGGCGGAACUGGUCGGCCAUUGCCAGGAUGGUGGGCUCCAAGACCGUGUCGCAGUGCAAGAACUUCUACUUCAACUACAAGAAGAGGCAGAACCUGGAUGAGAUCCUACAGCAGCACAAACUGAAAAUGGAGAAAGAAAGAAAUGCGAAGAGGAAGAAGAAAAAAGGCACCGCUGCUCAGAACGAGGAAGCCGCCUUCCCUCCUGUGGCCGAGGACGAGGAGAUGGAGGUGUCGGGGACGAGCGGCAACGAGGAGGAGAUGGCCGAGGAGGCCGAAGCUGCAGUAAAUAACAGCUCCGACACCGAGAGCAUUCCCUCGCCAAGGCCCGAAGCCAAAGAGGGAGGCGAAAGCGGGGCCAAGGCACCACCCGGGCCAGGAGGUGACUCCGGCGCGGAACCGCCGCUCAAGUUGGAAGAGGCUCCCACACCCCCCGACGCCGCUGCGGCCCCCGCCACCCCCGCCACCAACCCCGCUCCUGCCACCAGCCCUCCGGAGGAGGACCCCAAGGCGCCCGGCGGCGAGGAGAAGGCGCAGGAGGAGCUGGUGGUGGACGUGGUGAAAACGGAGGAGCCGGAGGAGAAGGCGAGCGAGGAGCCCUGCAAGAGCGAGGUGAAGGAGGAGGGCGAGGACGGCCAGGAGAAGGACAAGGGGAAUGACAAGAAGGCGGAAAGCGGUGUCGGCAGCGUGGGGACGGCGGAGGCUGAGGGGACGCCCAAAGCUGAGAAGAAGGAGAGCCAUAAAGGCAGUAAAGGCCAAGGGGUGAACCCCGACAGCGACUCGAGCGCGACCUGCAGCGCCGAUGAGAUGGACGAGCAGGAUGCUGUGGACAAGAGCAGGUUGCUGUCCCCCCGGCCCAGCCUGCUCAAUGCCGCCAGCGAGGCCAGGCUGAACUCCUCGCCGCAGAAACCGCUGGACCUGAAGCAGCUGAAGCAGCGCGCUGCUGCCAUCCCUCCCAUCAUCUCUGAAGGUUUCUCGGAGGGAAUACUGCAGAGUGGAAGCGUGAAGCCCCCGGUGCCUCCCCACGCCCUGGCCCUCUACCAGCAGCAGAUCACAAAGGCCCACGAGUCCUCCCGUGAAGAUGUGCCCCCCAGCAAGCAGCAGGAGAAGGAGCAGCAGCAGCCGAGCAGCAGCCCGAGGGGGAAGAGCAGGAGCCCCACUGCUGGGGACAAGGAAGAAAAGUCUGUGCAUUUCCCAUCCAUCGCAGAGGCUCAGAAGCUCAGCACGGAGCCACCGCCCACCUCGUGCUGGCCCCCGGUUCUGUCCUACUCCCGAGAUGUGAUAAAAACCUCUCCCCAGGCAGAGCCCCACCUGUUCCAGUAUAACCCACCAGGACACCCCAUCCCUCUCAACCUGCACGAGAGCUCCCGCUCGGGGCUGCAGAGGCUGGCGAGCAUCUCCAACCCUCCUCCCCUCAUCUCCUCCACCAAGCACCCUUCCGUGCUGGAGAGACCCGUCGGCUCCAUCUCCCAGGGAAUGCCCAUCCAGCUCCACACGCCCUACAGCUCUGAGCACGCAAAAGUUCCCGUCGGCUCCAUCACCAUGGGCCUGCCACUGACAAUGGAUCCCAAGAAACUGGUGCCUUUUCCUGGAGUAAAGCAGGAACAACUCUCUCCCAGAAGCCAAGCCAGCCAGCCCGAAAGCCUGGUGAUGCAGCCAGCCCCAGAGGGCUCAGUUCUGCGGGGUGCAUCCCUCGGCUCUGCCUCGGGAGGGAGCAUCACCAAGGGGACACCUACAUCCAGACCCCCUCCAGAGUCGCCCAUCACGUACCGAGGCUCCAUCACACAUGGCACCCCGGCAGAAGUGCUGUACAAAGGAACCAUUACCAGGAUAAUCGGAGAAGACAGCCCCAGCAGAGCAGAGAAAGUGAGAGAGGAUGCCAUGCCAAAAGGACAUGUCAUUUACGAGGGGAAGAAAGGCCACGUGCUGUCGUAUGACAGUGGGGUUGCUGCUUCUCAGUGUCCCAAAGAAGACAGCAGGAGCUCAGGAGCUUCACACGAGCCCACGGGAACCAAGCGGACCUACGAUAUGAUGGAGGGGAGGAUCAGCCGUGGCUUGUCGUCCCGGGAUCCGCUGUCUGCCAGCAUUGAAGGUCUCAUGGGUCGAGCCAUCCCUCCAGACCGACACAGUCCCCAUAACCUAAAGGAGCAGCACCACAUCCGGGGCUCCAUCACACAAGGAAUACCUCGGUCCUACGUGGAGGCCCAUGAGGACUACCUCAGAAGGGAAGCCAAACAGCUCAAGAGGGAAAACACUCCACCACGGGACUUAUCCGAUGCGUACAAGGUCAGGUCUCACGAGGGCCUUACUCCCCUGAAAAUGAAGCCAGCCCACGAAGGCCUGGUGGCCACGGUGAAGGAAGCGGGGAGGUCAAUCCAUGAGAUCCCCCGAGAGGAGCUGAGGCGGACACCGGACAUCUCUCUGGCGAGGCCUCUGAAGGAAGGCUCCAUCACACAGGGUACCCCACUGAAGUAUGACAGCGGCUCUUCCUCAUCGAGUACCAAAAAGCAUGACGUGCGGUCCAUCAUUGGCAGUCCUGGGAGGACUUUUCACUCUGUGCACUCACUGGACGUCAUACAAGACCCAAGGAAUCUGGAGAGAGCUUACGAAGAAAGCCUGAAAACCAGGCCGAGCCCGGUGACCAACUCGGGUGGCUCAAUCGCCAGAGGGGCUCCUGUGAUUGUGCCUGAGCCGGGAAAGCCCCACCAAAGUGCCCUUGCCUACGAGGACCACCAGGCCGGGCACAGCACAGCGUUCAGCAGCCACUUGCACAGAGGGUCUCCAGUCUCCACAAGGGAAUCCACGCCACGGCAGCAUGAAGGGAGCAUCACUGCUGGGAAGCCAGUGUCCCAGGACAGAAAGAUCACCCCCACGUCGAGAGAGCUCACCAACUCCAAGUCUCCACAUGCCCCUGUGCCCGACCACCACCACCCCAUCUCCCCCUACGAGCACCUGCUGCGCGGUGUGAGCGGGGUCGACCUGUACCGAGGACACAUCCCGCUGGCUUUUGACCCUGCUGCCAUCCCGAGGGGAAUCCAACUGGAAGCAGCCGCUGCUUACUACCUGCCAAGACAUCUGGCUCCAAGCCCCACGUACCCCCACCUCUACCCCCCGUACCUCAUCCGGGGGUACACGGACACGGCCGCCAUGGAGAACCGACAGACCAUCAUCAACGACUACAUCACCUCGCAGCAGAUGCACCACAACGCCGCAGCCACGGCCAUGGCGCAGCGGGCAGACAUGCUGCGUGGCUUGUCGCCCCGAGAGCCCUCGCUCGCCCUCAACUAUGCAGCAGGAAUCAUUGACCUGUCCCAAGUGCCACACCUGCCCGUGCUCGUGCCCCCCACCCCUGGCACCUCUGCGACCACCAUGGACCGCAUCACCUACAUUCCCGGCCCCCCCCAGACCUUCAGCAGCCGGCACAGCAGCUCCCCACUCUCCCCAGGAGGUCCCACACACUUGACCAAACAGUCAGGAUCAUCAGAGCGGGAACGAGAUCGGGAGCGUGAACGUGAGAGGGAGCGUGAAAAAUCCAUCCUAGUAUCCACCACGGUGGAGCAUGCGCCCAUCUGGAGACCUGGUACAGAGCAGUCCAGUAGCCGUUCCUCCUCGCACUCUCACAGCCACCAGCACUCUCCCGUCUCGCCCCGCACCCAUGAGACCAUUCAGCAGCGCCCCAGCGUGCUCCACAACACGAGCAUGAAGAUCAUCUCCUCAGAGACCCCCACUCCUUCCGUCCUGCGAUCCUCCUCCACCACUACCACGUCGCCGAUCCGCUCUGCGGCCUUCCCCUCGGCCUCCACCCUGCGCUCCUCCAUCGGUGCUGCAGACGGCUACGCAGCCAUGCUGGACCCGGCUGCCCUGCAGAAAGAGGCCUCGAGGGCACGGGAGGCAAAGGCAGAGCGAGCCCAGACCGACAGCAACGUCUUCACCUCAAAGCUGCCCAGCGGGGCUAGCCUCGAACAGUCACCUUCGCCUAUUAAAGCCAUGGAGUCAAGGCCUUUACCUGCCUCCGGACCUGGUUCUUCUCAUCACUAUAGCAGAGGACAGGGGAAAAGCCAGCAGCACCACCACCCUCUGGACCAGCAGCACACAGCCUCGGGCCCUGAGCAGCACAGUAGAGAAAAGAGUCAAAGUAAAGCCUUUUCCGUGCAGGAACAGGAACUCCGAGCACUCGGCUUUCAUGGUGGAUACAGCCCUGACCGGAUCGAAGCCGUGAGUCCUGUCAGCUCGCCCAGCCUGUCCCACGAGAAAGGGGCCAAGCUGCUGCAGGACGUGGAGAAAGGGCACGGGGAGCACGACCCAAGGCAGAAACAGCAAGCCUCUCUGAAGGCCUCGGGCCCUGAAGCAGCCCACCUGCAGCACCUCCGGCAGCCCGACGGCCCGCAGCCCCAGUGCCAGCCCCUGCAGUCCAGCCAGAGCGUCAAGGGCAUGAACCAGCGGGUGGUCACGCUGGCCCAGCACAUCAGUGAGGUCAUCACCCAGGACUACACACGCCAUCACCCUCAGCAGCUCAACUCCCACAUCCAGACCCCGGUGUAUUCCUUCCCUGGCGCUGCAUGCCCUGUGCUGGACCUGCGCCGCACCCCCAGCGAGGCGUACCUGCAGCAGCAGGAGCAUGCAGUGGCCUCCAGGAUCUCCCCACAGAACGAAGGAGGCAAAAGGUCCCCGGAGCAGAGCAAAGCCUCGGCCGGCGGCGGGUCGGACAACUGUAUCGAGCCCGUGUCUCCACCAGACGGCGUGGGAGAAGCGGAGCACGCCAAGAGCGCCACGUACCCGAUCCUGUACCGCGAGGGCGAGCAGCUGGACCAGAGGAUGGGGUCCAAGUCCCCAGGAAACAACACUCAGCCUCCAGCUUUCUUCAGUAAGCUGACAGAGAGCAACUCUGCAAUGGUGAAGUCCAAGAAACAGGAGAUCAUCAAGAAGCUCAGCACGACCAACAAAAAUGAGACGGAGUACAAUGUUGGGCAGCCUGGGACAGAGAUUUUCAAUAUGCCAGCGAUUACUGGAGCAGGGCUAAUCAGUUGUAGGAGCCAGUCGGUCCAAGAGAAUUCCAGUACCAACAUGGGGUUGGAGGCAAUAAUUAGGAAAGCCCUAAUGGGUAAAUAUGACGAGCAGUGGGAAGAGCGCUCACCUCUCAGUGCCAAUGCUUUUAACUCUCUGAAUGCCAGUGCAAGCCUGCCCGCUGCUAUGCCCAUAACUCCUGCUGAUGGACGAAACGAGGACGUGCGCUCCUUGCCAGCAGGAGGGGGGAAGCCAAAGAUCGCCGCCAGACCCAACAGCCGCAAGGCCAAGUCCCCGGCGCCCGGCCUGUCCUCUGGCGAGCGGCCGCCGUCCGUCUCCUCGGUGCACUCAGAGGGGGACUGCAACCGGAGGACGCCCCUCACCAACCGCGUCUGGGAGGACCGGCCAUCAUCCGCAGGCUCGACGCCGUUCCCUUACAACCCGCUCACCAUGCGGCUCCCCAGUGGGGUGGUGACGGCGGCCCCGGCUGUGCCACUGCCACAGGGAACACCUGGCGGGCAGCACCACGCCUGGGACGAGGAGCCCAAGCCCCUGCUCUGCUCCCAGUACGAGACCCUUUCGGACAGUGAAUGAAGCGAGCCAGGGGCAGGGAGACGGCGACCAAACCGAAGGCGCGGGGAGCGAGCGAGGUGCCCAGGGCCCAGCCCCGCUGGCUCUCAUGAGCAAAGACGCAGGAGCAGAGCUUUCUUUUGGUUUUUAAUUUUCCUUUCAUUUCCUUCCUCUCCUAACCAGCCAGUUUGGUGGGGAUGAUUUUUCUUUUUUUUCUCCUUCUGUUUUUUUUUUUGUUGUUCUUGUUGUUGUUCUCAACAUCUGGAAACAUCUGCAUCCUCUUCAGUCUAAGAAAGAAAAAAAAGAAGCCUUAACGAGACAAAACCCAAGGAUCCCAUCUUCGUCCUCGCCAGCAUUGCUGGGCAGUGACCCCGCACCCCGUGUCCCGGGGCUGCGCACACACAGACGCUCUGCUCCAUGGCGCCAGGCGAGGGGCUCCGUGGGGCCAUGCCACGGAAACACAAAACCCUGAAACGGUUUAACAACAGGAAAAAAAAAAAAAAAAAAGGAUUUAAGAUGCUUCAUAGGAUUGAACCCGGUUUGGUUUCCCUCGGCAGAUCGGAGGGUGGGAGCUGCCAUCCCCACCGCGCAGGACGCGUCAGCUCGAUGCGCUUUGCACGCAGCUAGGGGAGCAGGGAGGGCGUGAAGAGCCAUUUCUGAGAAAAUUGCUGGUCCCUUCAGUGGCAGAGGGCCCGGGCUCCAUCGGAGUGGGAAGGGAUUCUCUGUGCUGCCCACAGAUGGGCUCGGUUGCUUUAAGUGCAUUGUUUUCUGAAUGGUGAGAAAAGGCAAUUGUAAAUUGUAUUGGUCUACAGGGUAUAUUUUUGAUACCUUUGGUGAAUUAUGUCGAUAUUUUACGCAAGGAAGGACUUAAACAAAACACAGUAUUACAUGCUGUAAAAGAGGUUCUGUUCUUACACGCAGGCUUUGAUGUGUUUGUCCAUUGUAUGGAAAUGUUUUAAAAAAAAAAAAAAAGAGAUGGUAACAGUGAUCCAUCAAAGUCAUCUGUAAGUCAGGAGAAUGUAUAAACUUAGUUUAAAAAAUACUCUUGCCAUGGUUGCAGGGCCCCCAUGACACACACCACUGCUGACUCAGCAGAAAGCCUUUGCUGGUUGCAGGCAUUGGUUCUCCAGAGCCCUCCAGAGCUGCCGGGUGCAGGGCAGCACAGCAGGAGGCCAGCGGGGCAGGGAGCUCGCAGGAGACUUUAAAAAAGAAAAGGAAAAAAAAAAUUUUUAUUGUAUUUUUGUGAUACACACGAAUGCUCUACUUUACAUUAUUUUUUUCAUUCCAUGAUGUUGGAUCAUAUCUGCAGUUACAUGGUUAAAGAACAAAAAUAUUAGACUUUUUUUCAUUCACUUCUGCUUUCUCGCUCUGGGGGAAAAAAUGGCAAAAAAAAAAAAAAAAGUAUUAAAUGCUUUGCAUUCUAUACGCUAGAGGAAACAAGAGCACGGCACAGACUUCCCGCAGCCCGCAGCAGCUCUGACCCGCCAGGCAGCGAGCAUCGCCCGGUCACCUCUCCAUGGUUCUUUCUUUUCCCCCUGCAAUGAUUCUGAUUUCAAAGCAAGAGAAUGACAGUGUUUGUUGUUUGUUUGGGACAUGGGUUUUUUUUUUUUCCCGUUUUGUUUCUUUUUUGUUGUUGUUUUUGUUUUUUACAAUGUACAGGUUUUUAAUGUUCAUCGAUGUUUGUGUCUUUUCUGUUGUGCUUUUUUUUUUUAAAGAAAAACAAGACAAUGCACAACGAUGUGGAAGUGUUUCCGUUCCCAGGUUAUUGCUGCUGGUAUCUCCCCGGCUCUGAGACGUAGAGCUGACAGAGCUGAUGUCUGGGCAUAACGCUAUUAAAGUGUCACAGAUUUUUCUGGGAAAAGUCCAAAUUCAACCCAUUUUCAAAACCGCCUCUUUAACCUUUUCAGAGAGAAAAAGAAAAAAAAAAAAAACACAACAAAGAAUAAAGUUACCACUUGGCACAGUA